CGCAGGGAGAGACCGAGAUUUCAAGGAGGAGGACAGUUAGAAAGUUAAAGAAGAGGGAAAUCUCCAACAUGGAAGACGAGGACUAUUCUAGUCGCCAACAGCGCUCGAGCGUAUGGUAUUCGGCAACCCCUCGUGUGAGAAACGAUGAAGUUUGACUGACAUUUCGAUGUUGUAACAUCCUUGGCAACCUGAGGAUAAUGUCAGGGAAUGGAUGAAGAACUACUGCGGAUGGGUGGAUUUAGUCACUGGACUGAGUACUAACGUGAACACAUGGAGAUAUCACUGAAUACGAUGGACAACCUUUCUCCAUCAUACAUAUAAGGCGAAGGAAGUCACCGAUUGUGCGAGACGCUAUCAGACAGAAGAUCCUCUAAAAUUAACGUUAAUGAAGAUAACAUUUUGCGCAUUGAGUUCUCUGGAAUGCCCUCGUCAUCCAUCAGUAUCGUUUCAUAGUUCACCGUCAUCCUUGGGGAAGAGGAAUAGAUCCAGCUAGACAUCAGGAUGGGUGACACGGUGGAUAACAAGGAGAGCAAAAGGACAUACAUAGUCCCGUCCAUCAAAUCUUUUGAUCAUCAUGAUUUCACAAGGGCUAAGAUAUCUUGUAGUUUAGCGUGGCUCGUUGCCAAAGCCUUUGGGUCAGACAGCAUCCCCGAGGACCUGCAGGAGCCCUUCUAUAAGGACCAGUACGAGCAGGAGCACCUGAAGCCCCCCGUGGCGUCGCUGCUGCUGUCGGCCGAGCUGUACUGCCGCGCCGGCAGCCUGAUCCUGCGCAGCGACGCCGCCAAGCCGCUGCUGGGCCACAACGCCGUCAUCCAGGCCCUCGCCACGCGGGGACUCUACGUCACCGACCAGGAGAGGCUGGUCACCGAGAGGGACCUCUGCAACACCCCCAUACAGAUGAGCUGCCACUUGGCGAUGAUUGACGCGCUAAUGAUGGCCUACACGGUGGAGAUGGUGAGUGUGGAGCGUGUUCUGUCCUGCGUGCAGCGGUACUGUCCACUCUUCCCCGACGACGACAUCCCCGACGAUGCAGAGGACGCCGUGAUGACCUGGCUGAACAAGGUGAAUGAGCAUCUGAGAGACAUUCUGGAGCAGGACCAGAGGACCAGAGACGCACCCCCUGGAGAGAACACUGGGGCCCAGAAGUCGCGCCUCAGGAGGGAGGACAUCAAGCCAAGGCCGGCUCACUGCCUCCCCCUGGUGGACAACCUGCUGAAGGACAACACCGACGGCUGCGCCCUGGCCGCCCUGCUCCACUUCUACUGCCCCACCUCCGUCAGGCUGGAGGAUAUCUGCCUGAAGGAGACCAUGUCUCUGGCAGACAGCCUGUACAACCUGCAGCUGGUGCAGAGGUUCUGCAGCGACAACCUCAACCGCUGCUGCCACUUCAGCCUGGAGGACAUGCUGUACGCCUCCUCCUCCAUUAAGGGUAACUACCUUGUGUUUAUGGCCGAACUGUUCUGGUGGUUUGAAGUGGUGAAGCCCUCCUUUGUACAGCCCCGUUCCCUCGAUGCCAAAGAGCUGACACAGUCGUCAACAAAAAUGGCUCCCAUUUCCAAAGCCAAACCCAGCUUCAUGGGGAGAUCAUGCAGUCCUGAACAGCCAUGCUCACAACCAAAUGUUGCUCCCGCAGCUCUGAUAAAGCGUUCAUCCUCCAUGUCUUAUGUGGACGGCUGCGUGGGAACGUGGCCCAAAGAGAAACGGUCCUCAGCUCACGGCAUCUCGUUUGAGAUCCCCUUUGACGACGCAGUGGUGCCCACUCAGCCAGGGUCCACGGGUCGGGGAAUGACCCGCUCCGCCAGUACAGAGGGCCUGGGCUACAGGGUGCACCAGGCUAACCGGAACAUCCGCCGGAACCUCUCCUUCCAGCCCGUCAACGGCCAGGACGGCUACAUCCAGGAGGAGAGUGAUGAUGCUGCUCUGUCCUUCAGACGAGCAGGAAGGCCCCGCAUCAGGACCGAUGCAAAGUAUUCUAAUGGACUGCUGCCGGAGGACCACUCUCCCCAGCCCAGCACUCCCAGCAUAGAGGAGGCCCUGAAGAUCAUCCACGACUCAGAGAGGACCCAUGGCAGCCUCCCGUCAGGAAGUGGGGGUAGCAGCUUCUUCCUGCAUGGCCACGAAAUGGGGGAUCCUGUCGACCACGCCAACCAUGACAACGGAGGCGACGAGCCUGGAGACCUCGGCUCCAAGGGACGGGCGGAUGACGGGGACCUGAACUCUACGUCCACAGAGGUGGACACGGGCAUCCACGUGAGGACGGAGGACAUUCAGGACGGGCAGGACGAGGACUCGUCGCUGAAGGACUACUCGGACAUGGACCAGGACUGCGAGGUGCGGUCGUGCCCGCUGCCGGAGACGUCGAGCUCCUGCGCCAGCCUGAUGGGCGCGCGCUCGCUGGGCUGCGGCAGCCCGGCCUCGUCCACGGGCUCCGGCGUGCGCAUGACCAGCUUCGCUGAGCAGAAGUUCCGCAAGCGGAACCAAGCGGAGGGACGGAACAGCGGGAGCAACACGCCCGACAGCGCCGAGCUCAAUCUGCCGAACGCGCCGUCACCGGCCCCGGCGGUGUCGCCGCCGUUCGCGGCGCUCACCCCCGAGGUGCGGAGCCCCGCGCGGCCGACCUCGUCCCGCGACCCCGGCCACAUCCUCGCCUCGGAGAUGGUGCACCUGAAGAUGAAACUCGAGGAGAAGCGGCGCGCCAUCGAGGCGCAGAAGAAGAAGGUGGAGGCGGCGUUCACGCGGCACCGGCAGAAGAUGGGCCGCACCGCCUUCCUCAACGUGGUCCGCCGCAAGGGCGGCUCCACCUCCCCCUCCCCCGUGGCCGAGACGGCAAGCUCCCCGGGCGUCUUCGCCAAGCCCCCUUCCCCUUCGCCUGUAGCGGACGCCCCGUCGGUCCAGAGGCCGGCCCCCAGCAGUGCUAGCGGCGGCAGCGGCGCGGGGCUGGAGCGGUGCAAGCCGGACGGCGCGGCGCCCAAGUCCCCCGUGGAGGACGGCGGCGCCGAGGUGGACCUGACGGAGUACACGCGCACCAUCGAGCGCCUGAACACGUCGCUCGGCUUUCUGCAGUCCGAGAUGCAGCGGCUGGCCCGCCAGCAGGAGACCAUCAUGCAGAUGCGAGACCACCAGGGCAGCCAGGCCUGGGUCAUCUCCCCGCCGUCGCAGCCCUCGCCGCAGAGGCAGCUGCGGGAGCUGCGCAGCAGCAGCGUGGUGGGUCGCGGCGGCUCCGUGGGCUCGCUCUCGCCCAUCCUCUCGUCCUCGGCCACCGGCGGCGGAGGCACGGGCACGGGGUCCCCGCGCGUCACGCACCGCUCCCCGAGCACCAUCAAGAGGAAGUCGGCCUCCUUCCACGCCCGGACGCCGCGCACGCCGCGCCCCAGCGAGCUGAAGAUCACGCCGUUCAGCCGCAUGCUCAACACGCCCCAGUCGGUGGACAGCCUGCCCAGGCUGCGGCGCUUCUCGCCCAGCCAGACGCAGACCACCUCCUUCGCCUACCUGGGGCACGACGCCCGGCCCACGGCCCAGCGAACGCAGUCGGUGGACAGCCCCGCCCAGGGAGCGGGCAGCGAGCAGGAGCUCAAGGACAGGGGACAGGCCGCGGAUCAAGCCAAAGACGACGACCCUGAGGGGGCAGACGCGGCCGGAGAGCCGGAGAAGAGCCAGGCCGCUCCAGCUGGAGUAGAAGCAGCAGAGAAGAAGGAGAAACCGAAGGAAGUAGAAAGUGCCGGAAAGAAAACGGUCAGAAACGGAUCAGUUGCUGAGGUGCUUUCUCAGCCACUGUCUGAGGCAGCGAAGACGACAACGGGCACAACCAGUGUCAAUAACAAGCAGGCCCAACCCAGGAAGGACCUGGUAGAGGUGCCGCUGUCCGUGCUGAAGCCCGAGGAUGGACAGGAGUCUGGCCUGGAGUCCGGCACUGAUGGAGAACCAGGACUGGAGAACCGUGACCAAAAGAUGUGCUGUGGGUUCUUUUACAGGGAUGACCAGCAGGGGGAGGAGGACAUGGCCCAGAAGCGGGCGGCCCUGCUGGAGAAGAGGCAGAGGAGGGAGAGGGAGACGCAGCAGAAGAGACAGCAGCUGGAGGCCGAGCUGGAGCAGAAGAAAGAAGCGGCACGGCUGAAAGCUGAGGAGGAGAAAACGAAGCGUGAGGAUGAAAAAGCACGUAGGGACUACAUUAAGAACGAAUACCUGAGGAGGAAGCAGCUCAAGCUGAUGGACGACAUGGACAGCGUCAUCAAGCCCCGCCCCGCCAGCAUCAAGAAGAAGCCCCGCCCCAAGUCUAUGCACAGAGACAUCAUGGAGUCUCCGAAGCCACCAAUCAAGACCACAGGGUCCCGGCCUCGUGGAUAUUCAGUGUCCAGCCUUUCGCUCGCAUCUUUGAACCUUGCAGACAAUGAAAGUGUCCAGUCUGACAAGAGAACUCCUCGAAGCAGUAAAUUGUCUGCUGGCAAUUUACGCUUCUUUUUGAAUUCUCCAAAAGUGAAAAAGGGAAGGCCAGACUCUGCAGAAGGAUACCUGUCUCCCUGUCAGUCUGUGAGCCGAAAUGGGGAGAAUUGGGAGAAUGAGUCCACCACCUCAUCUGUGGCAUCCAACACUGAGUAUACAGGGCCAAAGUUAUACAAGGAGCUAAGCUCCAAAUCCAACAAAUACAUCAUUCAGAACGCACUAGCCCACUGCUGCCUGGCUGGCAAGGUCAAUGAGGGUCAGAAAAACAAGAUACUGGAGGAAAUGGAGAAAAGCGAGUCCAACAACUUCUUGAUUCUCUUCCGAGACUCUGGAUGCCAGUUCCGAUCUAUCUACACGUACUGUCCAGAAACAGAGGAAAUCACGCGCCUGGCCGGCUUCGGGCCCAAGACUAUCACGCUGAAGAUGAUAGAGAGCCUGUUCAAGUACAAUUCAGACAAGAAACAGUUCAGCCACAUUCCCGCCAAGACCAUGUCGGCCAGCGUGGACGCCAUUACCAUCUUUGGCCACCUGUGGCAGACCAAGAAGCAGGGAACGCCCAAAAAGUUCCAACUUCUUAAAUCUUAGUCUAAUCAGGACUGCUGUGGUUUCUCCUCUGAUGUAACAAAAAAAGACUCAUUCAACCAACACCUCACUGUAAACAUUGGAUUUGCGAUACAGCCUAAAAAAAAUAGUUCCACUAUUCAGAGUAUUUCGCCUUGUCCACUCACCUGGACAGUGUUUGACGUUAAGUGACAUGAUGAACAACUUGAAUGUAAACAAAAAAAAUCGUUAGGCCGGCUUUAUCCGAUGUCCAUUAUGCAAGACCAGUGUUUGGGUUUUGUGUACUUUGUGUGUUGCACAUGAGUGUUUAUGUGCGUAUGCGUGUGUAUCUGUGCCAAAAUCAGCGAGAGGUAAAGGUGCCUAUAUACAGUAUGGUGGACGGUGGGUUCGAAGCACUGAAUGUCACUCUGUGUGGAAAGAGUUAUAUGGUUUUGUUCUUAUGUUGCCUUUGGUGGCCUUAGGCUUGGCUUUGUUCAGUUGUGGAUACCCCGUCCCAAAGCUGAUGUGUCAUCUACGUGAUAUCAGAUCAACUGUGGUAAGUGAAUUGAGUGAAAAGAUGAGAGAAACUUAUUCAAGCCUUAGGCCAAAAAGUUUUGCUUUUGGCAAGAGAUGGUUCAAUUGUGAGAAGCGUUCGAGAAACUAAGACUUUUUUUUUAACACGUUGUCAUUAUUUUUAAUAUUCACAAAGGAGGUAGUUACUGAGUGGGAAACAAAUAUCCUUUGGUUUACCAGCACUUAAACAUUUCCUUCUGUUACAUGCACCAAUGUGAACUUUGAAAUUACUGGUUUCUUGCUUAUCAGUGCGGAGCAUUCAUGGAGAACCUGUAUGUUAAAGAAAUUAACAAUUGUUUGUAUAUAAUGGCAACUUCAUUGGAACAAGCUUACUUCAUGUAGAAUUUGACUUGUGAAUAUGAGGCCUUUUCAUCCGAGAAAACUAAGUGUAUUUACAUGCCACUGAUAGACCUAUUCAGCUUUAGAUGAGUACAAAAAACACCCUCACAAAUCCACAAUUAUGCAGUCCAUCCUAAUUCCUAUAGAAUAUUGAGCUGGGUGUUUGUAGCCAGCAGAAACGCCUCCAUUCUUAGCCACAGAUUGAACUGUUGGGGUACAUGUAACACCAUAAACAAUCCUUAAAUAUCGUAUUAUGAUGCUUCCACAUAGUUGAUGCCUAUAAUGUCGCUAAAUGAAUUACUAACUUAUAUCAAGUAAACUGGUAAAAGUGUGUGUUGAAAAAAAAACAUGUUUCAUUUGCAGGGCUCUGUUUUAUAUUAUUGUUUUUUUCCCAUUAUCUUCACGGUUUGAACAGUGAGAGAUUGUUUUGUAUCUUUUAGGUCACUCUGUUUGUUUUAACUUGUUUAUGAUGUACAUAUAUAGUUUGUCAUAUGAAAGUAUUUUGGAAAGCCAUUUAUUACGUAUAAUUUACAUAAAAAUGAGAACACUAUGUAUAGGCUAUUGUUAUGCAAAAUGGAUCAUUGUCUUUGUGUAUGGCAAAGCAGGACCAAGAGGGUAUGGUAGUGACGAAGAGAGGUGUUGAACUGAAAAGUUAAAGAUGUAUGAAGUUAUAAUAAGAGUGUCAAACAUUGUUUUUCUCCACAUCCAGCAUUUGAUUUAAAUUGUUUAUUCAUGUUAUCAUUUUGUAUUUGUUCCAUGCCAUGUUUAACCUGUAUAUAAAUACAGAUUUAC